ACACCUCACUGCUCCCAUUAACUGCUGCUGGUCCCGCCCUAUGAGACACGCGGACUAGAAUACAAGUUGCUACAGUGUAAUAAGUGAUUUGUGUCUCUCCAUUCUGAGACCGUUUUACAUUCGUCUAAAACCCGCAGCGAAGCAUAAAAGUUCCAAAACUGUAACGCGCGGUUUGUUUUGAUACAUUUCAGAACGUUUUUGCUCCAGUCAAACGCCAUAGCGCAACACUGUAACAAAGUAGUUUGUCUCGCGACGUUCAUUGUGCAACCAGUGGAAUAGAAGGACAACUCGGCGUGUUUGCGGUAACCAGUCUCACAGUCCCGAGGAGGAGACAAUGUUGGAUGGUGUUUUGUGAGCGUUUAAAGGGAAUGAGAGUGAACGAGGAAAGCACGCUUUGAGCACUGCAGCGUUUGAGUGGCCAGUGCCAUGAAACUGAAUCCACAGCAAGCACCGUUAUAUGGCGAGUGUCUGUUGACUGUCCAGCUCUGUGAGGAAGAGUGUGUCGAGGAUGAGGAGGAUGUAGAGUUUUACCUACUAUUCGCCGGCACCACCCAGAGGCACAUUUCCAGCACUUUGAAAGUCAGCCAUGUCACGCUGCAAGCCGUGUGCCCAGCUCAUGAUCGGAGUGAAACUGUGCGGGUCACGCUGUGCCAGGCCCGGCCUGGGGGCUCAGUGGACCCUGUGGCUGAGGAACACUUCCAGUUUGUGCAGGACCUCGCCCUGGACAUGGCCCAGUUCCUAGUGAACGCGGUUGGGAAGACAGAGGGAGCGUUACUUCUAGACGAGUGUCAGAUCCCCCUGAAGGAGUGUGAGAGGUUGGAUGAUACUCUGGCUCUUGCUCUUAGACAUCUGCCUCUGCCGGCGGGCUGGAGCGUCCUGGGCACAGACUGGGACACGGGCACUUGCACAGGCUUGAGAAUUGAACCUGGACCGCAAGACACACUUUUGCACUUUGCUGCAAAGCGCGGGCUACGCAAGGUAGCACUGUUUCUCCUGCAGCAACCUGGAGGAAGAGAGGCCCUCCGACUUCGUAACAAACAGGGUCGUACGCCGGCCAGGGUCGCCCAGAAGAAAGGCCACACGCAGCUCCAGAAACUGCUGACGGAGGUUGACAAGCUGCCUGAGUUGGAGACGAAAACAUCCAAGUGGCGUUACCCAGAAGGCAGAGUUCUGCGACACCACCCCAAGCUAAACACUUACACCCUGACGUUAGAGGAUUUGCCAGGGAGUCCCCCACCUAGCCUUCAGUGUGAUGUGGAGGAGCUCCAAUGCCUCAUUCAGUCACAUCAGAAGGAAGAUCCUCCGCCACAGCAUAAGCCAGCACUGCUGAUUCUUAACCCGAACUCCACUGAUAGAACAGAGCCUGUUGACUGCCUACCGGUCAAUUCACUGGAACCUGAGCAUCAGGAACCCAACUCUGAAAAAGAAGAAACCUGUGAAUCGAACAGCUUUGCUGUUGAGGAUGGACUGUGUAUUCAUCAAAACGGCACAGGAGAUCAUGUCCAAUCACAGGAUGGGGAGGUGGAGCUUGACCCGCCAGCUGUAGGAGACAUUGGGAAGGCGUCAGAUAAGGCUGACUGUUCGCAGAAGCGGGUAGAAGGCGAUUCUGUGACUUUCAGUGCCCCUUCCUGUGGAAACCAGCGGGAGGAAGCUGAUAUAGAACUCUGCGUAAUCAGUGCCAAACAGGGGGCUGCUUCACAGCCUGAUAAAGGGAACCAAGAAGAGCAGGAGGCUUGCCAGAGGAGUUUACAGACUGAAAAAGACGCUAAAUCUGGCAACCUUGAGUCCCAAGACAUGGGCCAAGCACAAUCUCAGGGUCUCCUCCCCACGGAAACUAGUCAACCUUCACAAAGAGAGGAGGAGAGCGAGGGGAGUGCUGAUCUUAGUUGGCGAGGGGACUUACCAGAGGAAAGGGAAGGGGAGAUGAGUAGCAGCCAGGAAAUAGGCUUAAACUCUAAAGCACUUUCUUCCCAUGAUCCAGAGGAAAACGGUCAGCAUGACGAAAAGUUUGAGCCCAAGCUGCCUACGGAAUGCUCGGUGGGAACAGAUGAAGCUAAAUUGACUUUAAUUCAGGUAAAUUCUGAGGUUACCUCGUCCGUACGAAACGAUGAAGCUCUUAUUUCUGAUGGUGUUGACAAGCCACAUGGUAGCCUAGAGACAGAGACAGGAAAUCUUAGCGAGCACACCAACGUCAAGGCUGAGUCAGUUUCUGGUUUGGUAACGGAUGAGGUUAGCAUAAAGCAGAACUCUGGAUUAAGCAUUUCAGAAGGUGGUCCUUUGGAAUUGUUAAGUCUCCAGCCAAACAUGGCACCAGGACCAGUGCAUAAGGUUCGACGAGGGCUCUCACCCGUUCCUGAGACUUCUCACGAAGGUCCUGCUGUGGAGCCCUUGUCUGAGACUACAGAAGUUUUUCAACAGCCACACCAAGUCUCACAAUCUUCAGAAACCGCAUUAGAAUGUCAGGAGAUUUUGAAUGACUCAGACUGUGACAUCAGUGCUGUAGCAGGGGUUUCUGUUGGCAUCAUUGCGGAGGUUGCAUCUUGCCAGAUUGCUGGGUCUCUACCUGAUGGAAGCAAGGAGGAGGAAACCCCUAAUGAGAGGAUAAACCACCCUAAGGAGAUCUUUGAAGAGCAGGAAUCAAUUAAUGACACUGUUGUCUCACCGUUGGAUGACAAAUCAAAAUCUUCUGAUGAAUCUUCUCUGCCUGUUGACUCUGAAGCCUUUAUUGUAAGUGAUUUACAACAGGAUGCGUCUACGAUACUGUCUUCUGAACAUUGCGGAGUUGAUAUAAUCAAAGGAACUACUUUUGGGGGAAAAGAUGGAUCUGAAACAUUUGUUCAGCCAGACUCUACAUCCAACCUGGUUGAGCAGAUUCCUGAGGGAGAUUCUGGUGAUACCACAAAUGAAAAUCAAAUUUGUGAGCCAGGGGAACCAUUGGUUCUAGUUUCCACUUUACAAGGUGAACCGGGAUUUAAGGAUGUUGCUCCAGAUGACACUCUACAGGAAAGGGAAAUUGACUCCACUUCACAGGACACAAUCAACAAGCUCCUUGAUCUGCCGGAAAUCACACACAAUGAUUGUCCUGAAUCCAAUAAACAGGUCCAACUCCCAGAAUCCUCCAAAGAGAGUGCAAACACACCAUCAGAACCUACUGCUGAAUGUGUGAAUGACCUUGACCUGUCUUGUGGAUCACCCCUAACAGAAAGUCAAGGCAGCAGACCUUCUGAGACCCCCUUCACUGAUGGAGUAAAGAUCUCUGCUGUAAUUCCUGGUGGGGAUGAAUGUGUUGACAUGGCUACCGAUAUGUGCGAGACGACUGUCUCCGGGGACAGCCCAUGCUCUCCCAUGGUAACCAGCAGUGGUUCAGCUCUGAAAAGCUCCUCCAUGUCUGACCCACUCAAUGCCUCAUCCUCAACAGCUGAGCUCACUUCCCCUUUGGAUAUUAAUAGUGGAUCGCACCAGGAUUUGGAACACACUUCCCCAGUGGAUAUAGACAAUGGUUUGUCUGAGGAACUGCAGCCUUCAGAAACACCUGAGAGCCUGAAUGGAUUACAUCAAGAUACACCUGAUUGUUUGAUGAAUCACAGUGAAACUCUUCAGCAGUGUGCAGAGGAACCACAUGUCGAAAAAAUGACGGAUGACAGUGCUUUAGCAGAGGAUGCGGUGGACGGACACCAAGACUCCUCAGUAGACAUAGCGAAUUCUGAAGUGAUCCACAGAGAGACGGAGAAGUUUUAUUCAGUUGAUGCCAGUCAAGAUGUUGGACUCCAGGAGAAGAAAUCCACUUCAGUGAUUUCAGAAUUCCCCCCUUCGACCCCUUCACCCGAGACCACACAUCACAAAGAGUCAGCGAGCACCAUGCGAGGGUCCGCCAGCGAUGACGACUCUCUGUUUAGCCAGGAUUUGAGCGAGGACAGCGUUUUUAAUAAUAAGGCUGAGGACAGUGUCACAGUCACCAGCGGUGUGUCCAUGUCCUACUCGUCCUCCACAGAUGACACCUCCAGCCUCGGGACCCCUAGCGCCAUCUCUCAGGCCAGCACAGAAGCUCCUUCAUCAGACCCCUGCGGGGAAAAACCCACAUCUCCUGGAGCUUCACCUGUUUCAGGAGAAACAGAGGAGGAAGAGAAAAAGGACCACUUGACAGAGGUCCUGGAGCGGCCGGCCAUUUUACGUACCUCCAUACGAUCCCUGUCCCCUUUACGCAGGCACAGUUGGGGCCCAGGCAAAAAUUCAGCGGGGGAAACAGAGAUUAGUCAACGAAGUACGACACGUGGGGAAGUGGAACACAGGUCUGCGGGCCAUAGGAGAAGCAUGAGCUGGUGUCCUUCGGUUGUCCUGCGCUCAGAAAAUGACGAAAUAAAUGAAAGGAGUUACAGCCUGGAAGGACUUGCAGCAGAGAAGGAAGGACGGAAAAGCCUUAACCAGUGCAUGAGGGAGGCCAGCCAGGAACCAAACUGUUCGUCAAAGCUGGACAGAGAAGAGAGAGGCACACCUGCAUCUCGGACAAAGUCCAUCCACUCUGGACAAAGAUGUGUCCCACAUUCACAAUCCUUUCUCACCAAGUCUGUCUCCAUGUUGGCCAUCAGUCACAAAGACCUAGAUGCGAUCGGACGGCCGCGACCCAAGCGACGAAUCUCCUUCUCCUUCAGCAUCUCGCCCAUGCUCCCCAAAUCUAAAAAUCUCUUUUCUAUUGGCUCUUCAUCCAGUGAUGAGGAGGAGGCAGUCAGACUGGGCUCAUUCACAGCCACAUCAGGAUCUUUAGAGAACUGUAUAUCAGAGGAGGACCCCGGGCCAUUGCGGAGUGACAGUGAAGGCAAAGUUGGAGGAACGAAAGUGAGCAGGACAUUCAGUUACCUCAAGAGCAAAAUGAGCAAGAAGAACAAGGAGAAGGAGAAAGACAAGAAUAAGGAGCGCGAGCGAGAUGCCAAAGACAAGGAGAGGAGAACCUCAAAUGGGCAUCUCUUCACUGCAAUCAUGACAGUACCCACAAUCCCCUGCCAUCAGUGCAACAAACCCAUCAACACUAGAGAAGCUUUCCUCUGCACCAAUUGCAAUGCACAAGUCCACAAAGGCUGCAGAGAGAGUCUUCCUGUUUGUGCCAAGGUCAAAAUGAAGCAGCAGACUGUUCCAGAUUCUGCCUCGAUGCCUGGUGUCACGCUUAGAAGUAAAACCCUCCCAGCACGGGAUCGUCCGUGGUCCACCAUCUCUGUUACCGAUGAUCAACCCGCUCCUCUCGCCCCUCCUCGGAAAAGCCCCAGCAGUAUCAUGUCUUUCAACAGCAACCCGCUGUCCAAGAGCAUGUCCAUUAAUAACAUCGCAGGACAAAUGGAAGACCCUCCUCUAAAGAAUCUGAAGUUUCUGUCCCAGUCGACCGACUCUCUUCACAAGACCAGUAAAGUCAGCGAGUCCACAGAAUCUCUUACCGAUGAGGGUACAGAGAUGAUGGAUAGUCAGCUGAUGGGAGAAUUUGAAGCUGAUGCCAAAGAGCUGGAAGCAGAUUCUUGGAUCUUUACGGUGGACAAGAAAUUCCUGAAACAGCUUAAAAAGGAUGUUAUCAAGAGGCAAGAUGUCAUUUACGAACUCAUCCAGACCGAAAUGCACCACGUGAGGACCUUGAAGAUUAUGGCUGAUGUUUACAGUAAAGGGCUACUGAGAGAGGUUCAACUGGAGGUUCAGACUGUGGAGAAGAUGUUCCCCAUGUUAGAUGACGUUCUGGACUUGCACACACAGUUCUUCUCACAGCUGCUCGAAAGGAAGAAAGAGUCGGGGAGCCAGGAAGAAGGUUUUGUCAUCCGAAAGAUUGGGGACGUGCUGGUCUCUCAGUUCUCAGGUUCCAGUGCCGAGAGAAUGAAGAAGGUCUAUGGGAAGUUCUGCAGCAGACACAAUGAAGCUGUGAACUUCUACAAGGAGUUUCAAACCAAAGACAAACGUUUUCAAGCUUUCGUCAAGAAAAAGAUGAGCAGCUCUGUUGUCCGACGGCUAAGCAUUCCUGAGUGUAUAUUGUUAGUCACACAACGAAUAACAAAGUAUCCCGUUUUACUACAGAGAAUACUGCAGCACACGAAAGAAAAUGAGGAAGACUAUGCAGAUGUAACCCAAGGUCUGAAGUUGGUGAAGGAGGUGAUUGCCGCCGUGGACAAUAAAGUAAAUGAGCAUGAGAAGAAAAAGAGGCUAAAGGAAGUGUACAGCCGGACAGACAGCAAGUCCAUCAUGAGGAUGAAAAGCGGGCAGAUGUUUGCCAGAGAGGAUCUGUUACGUGGGCAGAAGUUAAUUCACGAUGGACCGCUACAGCUCAAGAACUCAGCGGGCAGACUCAAGGAUGUCCAGGCUCUGCUGCUGAGGGAUGUGAUUGUGUUCCUACAGGAGAAAGAUCAGAAGUACAUAUUCGCAUCCUUGGACCAGCGCUCCACCGUCAUCUCUCUGCAGAAACUCAUUGUGAGGGAAGUAGCCAAUGAGGAGAAAGGACUGUUCCUGAUCACGGCCGGCAUUGAGAAGCCUGAGAUGGUAGAAGUGUACACCAGCUCUAAGGAAGAGAGAAACACAUGGAUGCAGCUCAUUCAGGAGGCCAUGCAGUCAAUGGAGGGAGAUGAUGAUGAAGGUGUGCCUAGUGAAAACGAAGAGGACAGAAGACUUCAAGAAAUCAAAGUCAAGGAGUUAAGAGAUCAGCUGCAGAAGAGGGAUGAGCAGAUCUUGACUUUACUGGAGGAGAAAGUGAAGUUGUUCAGGGACAUGUGUGACUGUGGCCUACCAGACGAGACCAGCCUUCGCAACAAAAUGCUCUUCAGGGCCACGCCCGAUGACAUCACCAAAGGGCAGCCAAUCAUGAAAGAGGCUCUAAAGGAAGUUGAGACAUUACAGGUUCUGGUUAACCACAGUCUUGGAGGAGCAGUGCAGGAUGGUGUAUGUGCGAUGGGGCCCGUGACUUUGCCACGACGGGCGGAAACCUUCGGAGGCUUUGAUAGUCACCAGAUGAACAUCUCAAAGAGUAAAGAUGGAGACAGAGAGGAGACGGAAGACUCUGCAGAGCUCCGCAGGACUGAGUCAGACAGCGUUCUAAAGAAGGCAAGCAACGCCAACCCCCUGCUCCUACUCAAGAGGAACAACGAGCAGGUUCUUCAGAGCGUCGCUCAGCUCCAUGACCUGCUGAACACAUUACAGGCUGUUGUUAUCCAGCAAGACACCUUCAUCGAGGACCAGCGGCAUGCCCUCAACGAACGCCCCCAGCCCUCUUCACGCUACCCAUCCAUCUCGUCCCUCAACUCCUCCUCUUCCUCCUCCUCAUCACGGCCCAGCUCACUAAUCGAGCAGGAGAAACAGCGGAGCCUGGAGAAGCAGCGGCAAGAAGUUGCCAGCCUCCAAAAACAGCAGGCUGCCCACGCCGAGGAGAGGAGGCGCAGGGAAAAAGAGUGGGAAGCGCGGGAGCGGGAACUGGCCCAGAGGGAGUUGCAGCUGCAGACCCAAGAGGAAGAGGUGCAGAGAAGAUGGAAAGAGCUGGAAGAGGAGAAGCAAGACCUGCAGAGUAAAAAAGAAGAGUAUCAGAGAGACCUGGCGCGGCUCAGAGACAGCCAGAAGAGACUGGAGAGAGAACGAGAGCAAGUUCAGAGAGAGACAGAGCUGAUCAGACAAACAGAGGAAUUAAAGAAGAACCGGACCCCUUCCACAACGUCUGAGGACUCCUCAAAGUUCCAGAGCACUGGUUCAUUGGACCGCGACCCCUCAGAGGUGGAGCUCUCCUCGUCUCCGUCUGCCAGAGACGUCCUGUCCCGCAUGGACUCCAAACGCAAAGGGAAGAACCUCAGUCUGUUCUCCUCCAAUUCAAGCCAGAAGGGCCAGAACAGCGAGGCGCAGAGCCAGAUGCCCAGCCGCCUGCUACAGCUGGCCAAACCCAAGGAGAAGAAGGACAAGAAGAAGAAGAAGGGAAAAGGGCAGCAGAGCCAGACUGCAGAUUCUCAGAGCGCUGUGGUUCCAGGCUCUACCCCGGACGGAGAGAUCUUUUUCUGCUGAUUCGGCCCCCUCUUCAUCAUCCACUCUCACACAAUGCCUCCAAGCAGGGCUGCUGGUCUCUGGUUGUGGACUUGUAAACCGGAGUUAGAAGCACAUACCUGUGGUCUCGAAGGGUGUCAGGCCUGGACAGGAAGUUUAAACUGAUUGUUUCCUGUGACCUGAUUUUCAGCGGUGCCUUCCGUCCCUCACGUACACUUAUGAACGCGAGCAGGGGCCUGGAGCACAAGUUUGGGGAACAGUACAUCAGAUAAACCUACCGCGGGCACUUUUUCACACACAGACUUCCUGUGAAGAUCAAAAAGAGAUUUAUAACAGCAAGCGGCAUCACGCUGAGAGACAGCUGGCUUUCCAGUGACCAGAAAAGUCACUUUCUGAAGGACAUUUGACUAAUGAAGAUACUAAUAAUCAAAGUGAGUGAACUCAAAGUGCAGUGGGCAAUGCAGUGAUUAAGUUUCUAUAUAUUUCCAUCCUUUUUCUUUCAUCCCUGCCACGUUACAAUGUCUUUUGCAGUCUUUUGGACCAGACUUGGUUUAUAUACAGUCCCAAGGUUUUAUUUCUUUUAAAAAGGUCACAAAAUACUUUUUAUGAAUAGAAGGGAUGCUUUUUGAAAACAUUUUAGUGAGAACCACAGAAAUGGAAGUGCAAAAGAGUCUAAUUAAUUGUUUGUUAAUCACUUUUCCAUCCCUAAAUGACUGAAAGGGAGAAUGAAAAUUAAUGAUUCACCCCACAGAAGUUUUUUUUUUUUUUUUUUUUUUCUAAACCUCAAUGCAAUUUGAAUCCUUAGCACUUUAUAAGCACACGUUGAGUGGGAAAAACCAGCUGGCUUUAAAACGAGACAAUCGAUCAGCUCCACUUAACUGGUAAACGGCCUCCUUUGUAUGUGCGAGGUUUUAUUUGAUAAUCUUUUACUGUACAAUAUGAAUGUUAUGUAAAUUUGUUCAGCCAAACACAAAGCUAGCUUUCUUGUUAAGCUACCAAAAGAGCGGGUGUUUUAACUGCAGUGUUUUUGAAGGUUAUUAAACACAAAUUGAGCGAGAUGAGGGAUUCGGCUUUAUGUAGGCUAACAAAUUCAAGUUGUAUUAGUCACAAAGCAGUUCUACGCUCAAGCCAGAAAUAUUGAUUUGACAGGCCAAUGUGGUAAAAGUAUGAAUAUACAUUGUGUUUGUGUAUUAAACGCCUGGUUUGUACCCUCUAAUCACUAGAUUUUUAACCAGACAAAAGCCCUUGCCUGCUGGCCAGGCUAACCGUUCUGUUGAACACAAGGAAAUAUUUUAAGAAAGGGGAAAUUGUGCAGAUAAAAAGUGUUAAUUUAAGCUUACUGCUCUGUUUUUAUUUUCUUGCCAUUAAACUUCUACCUAACACCCCUCUCUUAUACAUUAGAGUGAUGAAUGCCUCACGAUUCAUUUAUUGAUCAUUUCCCUCUGACCUCUUGGGAUCUAAUUCAUACGUCCGAGAGAUUUUUAUUAUCCAUCAGCAUAUUCCCACAGCUGCUGACGCCGGCAUUCUGCAUGCAGUUCUGUUAUGCCACUAAACUGAGAAUUGAAAUGCCUUGACCAAUAGAGGGCGGUCCGCUCUCAUGUCCUUUGUCCCUCCUGAAGCUCCACAAAACACUUCAGACUCCCCAAACACAUUGUGAGCACAGAAAUCUGAUGCUUACGUUCUUUAACUAGCCUUAAAUAUUUCCCAAAUCCUGCAGUGUUUUUCAGUUCCUUUUUAUCGCCAAAUCUUCCUUUAGGGAAACAUAUGAUUCAAGAUUAAUUAUUUCUAGCACAAUUAAAGCUAGUCGGAAGUAUUUUUGCUCAUUUAACUCAUACUGGCUAGCAUAAGAAAUGCACUAAAGAAGAAUCCAAAUCAUCCCGUUAAUGCAAACGUCUGCUUCAUGCAAUGGACCUUAUGUAGACACUAUAUUUAAUAAUAAUAAUUAAAAAAAAAAUCACAAGUUAUAUUGAUUGUUCUGCUGACACAACAUUUAAAAUACAUAUUUAAAAAAAAAAAUAUCCUGGUGUCAAAAUGUUUUGUGAAAAUUACACUGGGCUUUUAUCCCUUACAGCCUCGUUUUCAUUCACGAAAAAUUAAACAUGGCGUCUACCAUCGUUGAGGUCCGUGGUUAGCAAACUCUUGUCAAACUUUGUGUAAAAAAAUGAGCAAAAUACCACAAAUACUGUAAAUAUCUGUAAUGUAAAAAAAAAAAGAUUUUUUUUGUGUGUGUGUGUGCUUUGAUUUAAAGCUUUUUAUAACUAGCUUUAUUUAUCAGCAUUCUCUGUGUUGGAGACAUGAUAAGUGUACAUUAAACAAAUCUUAAUAAAUAACUAUUGUACAUCA